CGGCGCCGAGGUACCAUGGACAGCUCCGCUGGAGGCUGCUGAGCAGCUCCUUUCUCUGCCAGCUGCCCCAAACCCGAGACUUCUUGGCUGGCAGGUUCUUGCUCAUCAGCACCGGUCCUCGGGAGAAACUUUGCCUCGCCGCGAUCGGUAUACGAGAGCCAGACCUAAGGCGUACGACUCUGCAAUCACCUGCAAGUGUUUUCGAUUUUAGCUCUCCAUCAAAAGGAGCAAACGCAACGCAAAGAUGCCAAUCCUAGAGAAAGCUGCGAAGAAGAAAGAGAAAGAAGCUUGCAGCCAAGAUGAGAUGGUGCUGCCCAAACUUCCAGUCCCACCACUGCAACAAACAUUGCACAUGUAUCUUCACUGCAUGAAACAUUUGGUGUCAGAAGACCAAUAUAAGAAGACUAAGGCCAUGGUGGAUAGGUUUGAAGCUCCGGGAGGCCCAGGAGAGGUCCUUCAGCAAAAACUGCUAGAAAGACGAGAAAAAGUUGAGAACUGGGUUUUAAACUACUGGCUGGAUGACAUGUACCUUAACAACCGGUUGGCCCUUCCAGUCAAUUCCAGCCCAGCAGUUAUCUUUGCUCGGCAACAGUUCCAAGAUGUGAAUGACCAACUGAGGUUUGCUGCCAAUCUCAUUUCUGGAGUUCUUGAUUACAAAGCACUGCUGGACACCCAUGCUGUGCCUGUUGAUUUUGCUCGUGGACAGCUGUCUGGUCAUCCUCUCUGUAUGAAGCAAUACUAUGGACUCUUUUCUUCCUAUCGUCUUCCAGGACAUACCAAAGAUACCCUUGUGGCCCAGAAAAGCAAUAUCAUGCCUGAACCGGAACAUAUCAUUGUUGCUUGUAACAAUCAGUUUUUUGUUUUGGACGUUGUCAUUAAUUUUCGCCGUCUCAGUGAGGGGGAUCUGUUUACUCAGUUGCGGAAGAUAGCCAAAAUGUCAGAGAAUGAAGAAGAGAGGCUGCCUCCAAUUGGUCUCCUGACAUCUGAUGGAAGAACAGAGUGGGCUGAAGCUAGGACAAUCCUUGUUGAAGAUUCUACAAACAGAGACUCUCUUGAUAUGAUCGAACGAAGCAUCUGCUUAGUAUGCCUUGAUAGUCCAAGUGGGGAGGAACCCACAGAUACCAACAUGGCGUUGCAGCUUCUGCAUGGAGGAGGCUACAGUAAAAAUGGUGCCAAUCGUUGGUAUGAUAAGCCUAUGCAGUUUGUUGUGGGAAGAGAUGGAGUUUGUGGAACAGUGUGCGAACAUUCUCCUUUUGACGGGAUCGUCCUGGUACAAUGCAUUGAACAUUUGCUCAGACACAUGAAAGAAGGUGCAAAGAAAUUGGUCAGAGCCGAUUCAGUGAGUGAACUUCCUGCUCCAAGGAGACUAAGGUGGAAAUGUUCUCCAGAAAUUCAGGGACACUUGGUGUCAUCAGCAGAAAAACUUCAAAGGAUGGUGAAAAAUCUAGAUUUUAUUGCUUAUAAAUUUGAAAACUACGGAAAAGAGUUUAUCAAGAAACAGAAGAUGAGCCCAGAUGCCUACAUCCAAGUGGCACUACAGCUGGCAUUUUACAGAUUAUACGGGAGACUUGUUCCCACCUAUGAAAGCGCUUCCAUACGGCGGUUUGAAGAAGGAAGAGUAGACAACAUCCGAUCUGCGACUCCCGAAGCUUUAACUUUUGUCAAAGGAAUGAUUGAUAAAAAAUCAUCUCUGCAGGACUCUGAGAAAAUGCAACAAUUUAAGGAUGCCAUAGCAGCUCAGACAAAUUACACUAUUUUGGCUAUUACAGGGAUGGCAAUAGACAACCACUUGCUGGGACUGCGAGAGAUAGCACGUGAACAUUUCAAGGAGCUGCCAGACAUAUUUACUGAUGAAACGUAUUUGACAAGCAAUCAAUUUAUUCUCUCCACCAGCCAGGUUCCAACCACCAUGGGAAUGUUCUGCUGCUAUGGACCUGUGAUUCCUAACGGCUAUGGUGCUUGCUAUAAUCCACAGCCAGAGCAUAUAUUAUUCUGCAUCUCCAGUUUUAAAGACUGCAAAGAGACCUCCUCCAGCAAAUUUGCUAAAGCUGUGGGAGAAAGCCUCAUGGAUAUGAAACAGCUGUGCAACAAAUGCAACUUGCCCAAGACAACCACUCCGACUAAACAAGGAGCACCUUCAACACCUCGACCUGGCAGUAAGCACUAAGUGGCUGCAUUCACACAUAACGCUGAGCUCUGAUUUGUUUCAACCGUGGUUUGUUCAGCAACCCAUGAGUUAUCUCACAGUUAUCUCACAAUCAAGCCACAACUUGUUUAUCCAAAACUUUUCUAACUAUACUUGCUAGAGCAGGCAUCCCCAAACUCGGCCAUCCAGAUGUUUUGGGACUACAACUCCCAUCAUCCCUAGCUAACAGGACCAGUGGUCAGGGAUGAUGGAAAUUGUAGUCCCAAAACAUCUGGAGGGCCGAAUUUGGGGAUGCCUGUGCUAAAGCAUCUAGGAUGGGCUAGCCAAACCAACCAUGGUUAAGCAGGGCUUUUGAGUUCAGACAUAGUACCAAACUAUAAUUGAAACAAGUCAUGGUUCAUAAGCCAAAACAAAACCACAGUUACUCUGCUGAGCUGGGUGCAGAUACCCAAACAAACCACACUUUGUCUAAGCAAACCAUGGCUUAAGUGUUAUGUAUGAACCAUGUUAUGUGUGAACCAUGGCCCUAAGGGUGCAAUGUCUUUCCUUCGUUUUGUAGCUGCUUCUUAAGGUAGAAUGUUGUCACUGUACAAAUGCAAGCUAUAAAGACUCUAUAUAUUGCAGGGAGGAGAUUUCUUUUAUCUUUCGCUGUGGUCUCCACCAGUAUUUAUCAAGAAGAGAGUGUAAAUGAUCUAAAAAGCUGGUGUUUCAGUUCUGCAGAACACAACUGCUAAUUAUCAAUCUGAGAUAGAAUGCAACUCAUCUCCAUGCUAGCUUAGAAAUAUCCAGUUAUCAAUAAGUAACAUUUUGCGAAAGGUUGUGGCUGAAGCGCAGUGUAUCGCCCAAGACAUCCAUCAUUGCUCAGAAGCCAAAUUAUUCAUUGUUGAGCGUUCUGAGUCAAGGCUCCCAGCAUGAAUGUAUGUUAGGGAUGUGUUUUUGACCUGCACAUGUGAUAUAUGAAGCAACUCUGAGCCUUUUCUUUUCUUAGUGGUCACCCCAACAUACCACUUGACCUCUCAGGAGACAACAUGGUAUUGUAGAUAGCAUCACGGUUAUGGGUUGUGACCAGUUCCCAUUGAGACUGGUGGGGUAGGAAGGCAGCGAAACCAAAAGUAGAUGGAGCCAGAGCCAAAGGCAGGAAGAUGGGGCUGGCUGAGGGCAGACUGAUGUUGAUGGAGCAAUGCUCCACUCACCCUUAUGAACCAACCUCCACUGUCAGCCACAGAACUCAAUGGGGUGACUUUGAGCCAUUCCCACCCUCUCAGCCUAACCUGCCACAGGUGUGGAUAAAAAGGGAAUAACCCCAUGCAAGACUGCACUAAGCUCCACAGAAGAAAGAUGAGAUAGAAAUGCA